AUGUCGGACUCCGAUGCCUCUCCGGGGCCCUCUCAUCCUCUCCGCCCCUCGCCUGCUCGUAAAAGCGCCCGCCUGGCGUCCAGGGACGACGGGGCCAUCCGAGCCUACCUUUCUGCUCAGGGAGUGACGCCUGGUCCCGACGUGACUUCGCUCCAACUCCGAUCCAUGUUCGACCAGCUCUCCGCCAGCCCGCCCUCUUCUUCGCCAGCUCCCGUGCUCCAGUCGGGCAAACGCCAGGGCAAGUCCAAAUACACAAGGGCGAAACGGGCACGUCUCCAGACCCUCACGCCUGAUUCUCCGACGCGCACUCCCGUGCGCGUCUCCGCACGCUCGCCCGUGCGCUUUCCCACGCCGUCUCCGGCGUCUCCCGGCUCCCCUGGCGUCCCCCCCCGGACCUUAGGCCGCGCCAAGGGCUCGUGGCCGUCUGCCCAUGCUCCUGCUCGAGGGACCCGUUCCGCGGCGGCGCCCCCGGUCCCCGCGAUCCACGAGACGUCUACGGUUUUGCCCCAAGACUCUCGCGCCCUGCAGCAUGAUGCAAUCCUCGCAGCCCUCUCUACUGUCCAGCAUUCAAUUGCAUCUAUCUCCAAACGCCUCGUCGCAGUUGAGUCGCGGCCCCCGGACCCGGCUUUCCCGCACCCCGCCUCCCCGCUGGUUCCUGCGGGGGAACCUGCCUUCCUCGAGCAUACCCUGGCCUCGGCUCUGGCGGCCCCGCUCUCCGUUUUUGCAGGGAGGCGCAUCCGCGCUCUGUAUGCCCCAGGCUGA